AGUGGAUACCUUUUGAACGAUUAGACGACAUACGAGAUAUGACGAAAGGAGGUUAUUCAGCAGUUUCUUCUGCAAUUUGGUUGGAUGGUCCCAUUGAAUAUUGGGAUUCUAAAAGGGAGGAAUGGUCAAGGAAGUCUGGAUAUCUUGUAGCGUUGAAAUUUAUAAAAAAAUCAUCCACCACUAAUGAUAUAGCUUUAAAUGAAAAAUCCAUUAUUCGGCUUUAUGGAAUUUCUAAUAAUCCAAAAACUGAUGAAUAUAUUAUGGUGAUGGAAUAUGCAAAUUCUGGGUCUUUGAAAGACUACUUGAUAAAAAAAGGAAAGGUAAUAAGUUUGAAUGAUAAGUUAAAGAUUUUCGAACAAUUGGCUACAGGGUUAAGUUCUGUUCAUGAAGUUGGACUUAUCCAUAGAGAUUUACAUCUCGGUAACAUUUUAGUAAAUGAUGAUGUGUCGUAUUUAAGUGACCUUGGAUUGUCUUUGCCUACAGAACAAUUAUCAUCUGAUAAUAUUUGUGGCGUCGCUCCUUAUAUAGCACCAGAAAUUAUUAAAGAAAAGCUUUAUACUAAGGCUUCAGAUAUAUACAGCUUAGGUGUAGUAAUGAAUGAAAUUUAUUCUG